AUGGCCAAUGUUUUUCGUCAAUUUUUACUUGAUGCUGAAAAUGGAGAUUUUGAUGCCGUUAAAAGAAAUAUAGAAAAUGGAAUUGAUUUAGAAACGCGUGAUGAAGAUCAACAAACAGCUCUUAUCUUAACUGCUCGAUGCAAUCAUUCAGAAUGCAUAAAACUUCUUCUUGAAGCUAAGGCUGACGUAAACGCAGAGGAUGUGGAUAAUUGGACGGCAUUAUUAAAUGCAGCACAAAAUGGAAAUUUAGAUGAUGUUCGUACACUCGUUGAAUAUGGUGCAAAAAUUGAACAUUGCGAUUGUGGGCAAUUUACUGCUUUGAUGUGGGCAUCCUAUGAAGGGCAUACAAGAGUUGUUGACUAUUUAUUAAGUUGUGAGGCGAAUGUAGAUGCCAUCGAUGAACAUGGCAUAUCCAGUUUAAGUUGGGCUUCAGGACGAAAUCAUGUUGAAAUUGUAGAAUUAUUACUCAAAGCUGGUGCUUCACCUAAUCUAUGCGAUAAGAAUGAUACAACACCAUUAAUUUGGGCUAGUCGACGUGGUCAUACACAAGUAGUUGAUCUAUUAUUACAAUAUAAUGCUACUGUUAAUAACAUCGGAAUGAAAAAUAUGACAGCUCUUCUGGCUGCGACAAGAGGAGGUCAUGGAGAAACAGCUCUUUGUCUACUUCAAAAUACAUCUAUUGACAUUAAAGUACAAGAUAAGGAUGGGCAAACACCAUUGAGUCAUGCAUGUGCACAAGGUCUAACUGAUGUUGUUGCUGAACUUGUUCGACAUCAUGCUUAUGUUAAUACAGUUGAUAAAAAUGGUGAUCCAGUUCUUUUUUUUGCUGUCAAAGGUGGAAAAGAAGAUUCUGUCGCUAUUCUACUCGAAAAUCAUGCUGAUAUAAAUGCUGUUGGUGCUGAAAAUAAAACAGCGAUUUGGUGGGCAGUUGAACGAGGUCGACUUGAUGUCGUUAAAUGUUUACUUCAAUUUAGUCCCGACGUUGAAGUACCAGGCGGUGAAGAUGAUGAUACACCACUCUUAUUAGCUACGAAACGAAAACGUGUUGCUAUUAUUUAUGAACUAAUCAAAUAUGGGGCUAGGCUAUCAUCAACUGAUAGGUAUGGAGAUAAUAGUUUACAUAUUGCUCUACGUAAUCGCAGUCGAGAUAUUGCUGAUAUUUUACUUUCAAAUCCACGCCAUUCAAAAUAUUUAUAUCGUCCUAACAAGCGUGGUGAAACACCAUACAAAAUUGAUGCUAAUCUACAAAAAAGUAUUUUAACAACUAUUUUUGGACAACGAACAUUAAACUUAAAUGAUGAUUCUAUUCUGGGUUAUGAUUUAUAUUCGUCAGCAUUAGCCGAAAUAUUGAGUGAACCAUCACUUCGAACACCAAUUACUGUGGGUCUUUAUGCAAAAUGGGGUAGUGGAAAAUCAGCAUUAUUAACUCAUCUAAAAGACGAAAUGCAUAGUUUCGCACAAUUAACAGAUUUUCCAACGAUUGAUUUUUCACCCUUACUUCUAUCAGUUAUUGUUAUUGCAGCAUUAAUUAUCGGUCUUAUUAUUGGUUUCUCAAUACAUUAUAUUGUUGGCAUAUCAUGUGGUGUUGCUUUGAUUAUUAUUUGUUUAACAUUUCUCUUUUUCAUUCGAUAUCUUCUUCGUCAUAAAGAUUAUGCAUGGACUGCUAAUAUAGCACAAUUUAUAAAGAAACGCUUAGAAAUCUUACGAUUUCUACUUCAAGUUCUUUUUAUGAAUCCGUAUGUUCAUCGUCGUUCAAAAAAGAGCGAUACAUUUGAUUAUCAAAAGAUGAAAUUUAUUUUUACUGAAUAUGGAAAAGUUUCGACAGUUGAAGGUGAAAAAGCGAGUGCUGGAAUGAUUGCUGAACUAGGAACCAAUGUUGAAGAAACAUUUGGUCUUGUAGCAACACGUCUAUGUCGUGCACUUCAUUCCAAAGAUUUAAGUCGCCAUCGAUUCCGUUAUAUGUGUUGCAUUCCAGCAUUCAUGUUUAUUACAAUACAAUUAGCUCUUCUAUUGACUUUAGCUAUUCUUGCUUUGAUAUAUAAAAUUCCAUCUAUUCAUCAUUCAGUCAAUGUGACUUAUAUUUCCCUGGUCAGCGUAUUAAGUUUAUCGAUAUUGUUUGGUUGUUCCACUUGUCUACGAGUAUUUGUGGGCUUAUUAAAAUCACCAAAAUCAAAAAUAAUGAAAUUUUCUGAUCAUUCGUCACGACUUAAUGAAAAUUCACUUUAUCGCUUAAAAAAAGAAGUUAGCCAAUUAUCAUAUAUCAUUAAAUCGGUUGAAGCAUUUCUUAAUAUUAAUACUCGUCUUGUUGUUCUUAUUGAUGGUUUAGACGUAUGUGAACAGCAACGUAUUCUUCAAAUACUUGAUCAAGUACAUGUACUUUUAACAAAAGAAAACGAUCCAUUUAUCACAUUGAUUGUUUGCGAUCCACAUAAAAUGAUGCAAGAUUUAUCAACAACAAUGGCAGUACCGUCAACAACAGCUCAAAACCAAUGUUUUGAUACGAGUGUUAAUGGUCAUGAAUAUUUACGUUCGAUUAUUCAACUUCCUAUCUAUUUGCAAUUGAAUACAAGUAAAACCAAACAAUUAAAAAAAGAUGCUGAUGAUUUUCCAAAAAAGAGACAAAAUACUCUUACUAAUGGUGCAUCAAUCUUAGAUGUAAGCGCAAAACCAAUACCAACUAAUAAACUUCCGAAAAAUAAGCGACGUCGACAACGACGAGAUACAUUAUCAAAUACUAAACAAGUGACAACAUCAGAAUUAACGCACCAGUUACUUCAAUCUGAUUAUUUUCUUGAUAUUAAUCCAAGAAUUCUUCAACGUCUAAUUAAUAUAAUUGCUAUGACUGGUCGAUUACUUCGUGCUAAUCAAGUAUUAUUUAGUUGGAAACGACUUGGCUGUUGGUCAUAUUUAGUAGAGCAAUGGCCAUAUCGUAUUUCAUGGAUUAUUGUUUAUUAUGAAGAUCAUGAACAAGAAUAUUCAGAUGAUACUGCAUUGAAAAUUUUAUAUGAAAAAAUUAAACCAUUCAUUCCAAAAUCAAAUGAUCCACUCUUAGAACUUGACCGUAAUGGACGUAAAUUUGAACAUUGUAUAGAACAUGGUGAACCUGUUUUGAAUGUUAAUGAUUUAAAACAAUUUCUUCUCUGUACAUGUAAUCUUGAUCCAUAUUUAAAUAAGCUCAUUCGAGACUCCGCAGCUUAUUUUUUCAUGAAUAAUGCCGAUGAAAAUGGUUUCAUUAAUGGAGAUGCAUCGAGAUUUUUCUCUCAUCGCGAUUCAAAUCUAAAUGGACGUGGUGGUUUCUUAGGGUAUACAUCACGACACAAGAAUACACUUCAUCCGAGAUUCAGUGUUAGUGGUCCAGAUUAUAUUGGAAAUCAGCAAGGUUCUUCAUUUGAUUUUCUAUCACAUCGUUUAUAUAAUCAAGUGUCAAUGAAAAAACAUGCCGAUGAUGACGAUAGUCAUCGUAGAACAUCAUCAAUAUCAUUUGCAUCACCAACUAUGACACAAUCAUUGAUUAAUCAGAAACUUUCAACAAUAUCGGAUCCGUCUUCAAAUGUCAAAUUAGAUUUAUCACCACCAUUGAGUGAAAUGUCAGUCAAUGAUGUAUGUGACUGUUUAAAAAAUGGUAUUACUGGUUUGAAAUCAUCAAUGAUACCAGCUUAUAUUCAUGAUAUCAAUGAAUAUAAUAUAAGUGGUCGAGUUUUAGUAACAUGUGAGCUUGAAGAACUUAAACAAAUUCUUUCAAUGAGAUUUGGUGAUUGGGUAUUAUUUAAUAAUUGGAUUGAAACAAAACGAGAAGAAGAAAGACGUUUUCAUUUUCAGCGCCAAUCGCAACCUUCAUCAACAAUCAAUAAUAAUCAACAUUCAACUUUACCUAAAAAUGAUUCUUUCAAUGAAUAUCAAUUUUAUACUGACAAUAGUGUACUUGGUGCCGCACUCAAUCAUUUAAUGUCACAGAAUUCAGCAACAAAUCCUAACGAUGAAAUAUGUACUGUUCCUAAUGAAGGUGUAUCUAUUGUUUCGGCACCAAAAAACGUCAAAUUUUUGAUUCCUCUCGCUCGAUCUGGUAUUACGUCAAAUGAAAGUACGUUUGGCGUGAUCGAAUCAUCAACGCGAACUAUUACUCAUGUGAAAGAUAUAUUCUCAUUAAAUUCUCCACCACCAUCUCAAAAGGUAACAGCAACACAAAACAAUGGUGAUGACACACUUACAUUUUCUUCAUUAUCAAAUUUAACGACAGCAUCCACAUUAUUUGAUGAAGUACGUCGUCAAAAUCCAAAUGAAACAGCAACAAAUAAUAGUGAGCAACAGCCUUUACUUCAAAAAAAUAAUUUCAAUCCAAAUGAAUAA